AGUUGUACUCGUCUGAUCGUGUAGUUGAUUUCUGCCAGCAUAGAAAGGGUCGGUCGCAGCAAUAUUGUGAGUGGCGAAUGUUGCUCCCGGUCUCCUGAAGCUCCUGCGCCUGUCGGUAGCACGGUUGCAUUCUCUGCUCGCUGCCUGCAGUGCCUGCAAGUUGCCUCUGUGUGGCCCCAUCACAUGUUGAGUCACCUCUAUUCUUUUUUUCCUGAUUCCAGAAGCAGCGGCAGCCAGCCGGCUAAUUAACUGCAUAGCCCAGCCUUUCAGUGCACAGUAUUGUAAUUAGGUAGGAGGGAUGUCCGUAGCUGCCCUGACACUAUCCCCAGGCUCACUUCCCAGUGCUAGAAGUAGGAACAAUCUGACUUUUCUAUGAGUGCAAAGAGAAAGAUUGGGAGAGGAAGGUCUGGCACAGAAGUGACUUGGAUUGCGACCAUGAGCAGGGUGUGGAGAUACAAGCCAGUGUCCUAGGAAUAGCAGCAGCAUGGGGAACCAGCCUGCCAGACCCGAGGAGCAGGAGCAAGGAACAUCUGCAGCUGCAAGACGGACUGGUAUUCCAGCUCCAAGGGAACUGUCCACGCCAGUAUCAAGGGACCGAGUGGCUUUGCGCAGUCCUGUUAAUGCCAAUGCUAAAAAGACAUUACCCAGCCCUUCCUCUCCUAGUACCCCAACACCCUCAAAGAAUGUUCGUACACCUACAAGGCCCAAGCAGGAAAAUGAGCAAAUUAAUAAGACAGUCCUUGAGAUACAAGUCAAAGAACUUCUGGCGGAAGCAAAAACAAAAGACUCUGAAAUUUGCAAACUUCGUAGUGAGCUUCAAAAAUGUAAAGACAAGGAAUCACCAAGCCCAGAGGUCCUCAACUCUAUAGGUCCCUUAGCAGAGUUACAUGAUAUCAAUAAUGUGGCCUUAAGCGACCCUGAAGCAUUAAUAAGGACACUGCAAGAAAAAAACACAAAUUCUCUACUAGAGCUUGCCAUACUUAGGAAGGAAAAUGCAGACCUGAAGCAGAAAUUGCAUGCCCUAGAGCAGUCUCCUCUUUCCGACACCAUAACCAGCAAUGGUACAGAUAGCAGCAGCCUUCUGUCACCAUCUACUCAAGGGACAAAUAUUGGAUGCCAAUUAAAAAGUCCGCCAGCUGGUGAGACUGGUGAUUGCAGAAUACCAGGAAGUGAAAGUGGCCUCCAUAUAUCUGGUUCUUCAAGCAGCGAUGUCACAAAAGCUUCCAUUUCACCAGAUGCCUCUGAUUUUGAGCACAUUGCUGAUAUGCCUUCCAGACCGACAUCCACAGGAAGCAUUCCAUGCCAAGGGUCAAAGUGUUCUACUAGUGGUAGUUCUCCCAAUAACAUAAGUGAUCUUUCUGUAGCCUCCCUUACAGAAAGAAUACAUAAGAUGGAAGAAAACCAUCACAGUACAGCAGAAGAGCUACAGGCAACACUGCAAGAGUUGUCGGACCAGAACCUCAUGGUGCAGGAGUUGACAAUGGAAAGUGAAAAGCUAGUAGAAGAAAAGGCUUUUUUAGAAACCAACUUACAGCAGCAAAGACAGAGGGCAGAGCAACUAAGUCAAGAAAACGAGAGACUAAUGGGUCUCUUAAAAGACAGGGCAAAAACUGAAGAGGCUGAGAUUCAUGGCAAACUUACGGAGACAGAAAAGAAGUAUUUGGAAUUAGUUGAGAAAUCACAGUUUGAAAGGGAGAAGCUGCUCAACAUUCAGCAGCAGUUAACCAGCAGCCUUCGAAGCUUAGAGAAAGAACACCAGGAGGCACAGGCCAUGAGAAAAAAGCUUGAGGAGGAAGUAGAUAAACUGCAACGUCUUCUUGACACGCAAAGGAAAGAAAAAAAUGUAACGGCAAAGGCCUUGGAGGACCAGAAAGUCACAAACGAAGGCCUUAAAAUAGAGAAUAAUUGCUUGAAGGCUCAGCUGGAGGGUGAGCGCCAGAAAGCGGCUGAAAUAACGGCAGUGGGGAAAGGAAGCGGGAGUGGAAACACUGAGAUCCAGGAGAUGUUAAAGUCGGCUCAUGCUGAGAAAGAGCAUUUAGAACUUACAUGCUCAGAACUUCGCCAAGAGCUGCUGAGGGCUAACAGUGAAGUGAAGCAGCUGCAGUGUCUCCUGGCAAAGGUUGAGACAGAGUGCCAUGAUCUGAAGGAACUGGGGGACCUAAGGGAGGAACAGCUGAAAUCGGCCAACCUGAAGCUGCAGGAGAGGAGCUCGGAGAAGGACACUGAGAUCAAGGACAUGAAGGAAACCAUCUUUGAAUUGGAGGACCAAGUAGAGCAACAUCGGGCGGUCAAACUGCACAACAACCAGCUUAUUAGUGACCUGGAAAAUAAAGUUGACAAGCUGGAAGAACAAAAGCAAGACUUGGAGAGACAGCUGAAACUCCUCAAUAAACAGAUGAAGGAGGAUGCUGAGGAGUGGAGGCGCUUUCAGGCAGAUCUGCAGACGGCAGUGGUGGUGGCGAAUGAUAUCAAGUGUGAGUCCCAACAGGAGCUGCGUGCAGUGAAACGGCGCCUGCAGGAGGAAGAGGAGAGGAGUGCCUGCUUACACAGGGAGCUAGAAGAGCUACAGGGCAGCAGGCAGCCUUCAGGUGAAGUGGAAUCUGUAGAUGAAGACAACAGAAUCCGCUGGCCGAGCGUUGCCCAUACCCAAGCACCAACUUCAUCCUCUGAACUUCCAGCCACUGUCAAGUCAUUAAUCAAAUCAUUUGACUUAGGCAAUCAAGGUGGAGUUGGUCAGAACAUCCCAGUGCACUCAGUCCCACGCAGUCCACUGAGUGGGAUUCCCGUCAGGACGGCUCCAGCUGCUGCAGUUUCCCCCAUACAGAGGCUUUCAGUAAGCAGCAAUGCCAAGUUAUCAGGCAAAGAAGCAGAGAGACAAUUGGACAAUGCAGAUAAGUUGAAGGGACAAAGAGAUGACUUUACACCUGAUCGCUUUCCUCGCAAGAGCCCAUCACUGGAGUCACUGAAUACACACACAGCACUAGGCUUUGGUUCAAGAACAUCUCCAAUUGCCCUGGACAGUUUGAGUCACCACAGUAAAAUAAGUGUGGAAAGGAAGGACCCACUAGCUGCCUUGGCAAGAGAAUACGGUGGCUCCAAAAGGAAUGCUCUACUGAAAUGGUGCCAGAAAAAAACUGAGGGGUACUCGAACAUCGACAUCACAAAUUUUAGCAGCAGCUGGAGUGAUGGCUUGGCAUUCUGUGCCCUCUUGCACACCUACCUACCUGCACAUAUUCCCUACCAGGAGCUAAACAGUCAAGAUAAGAAAAGAAAUUUAAUGCUGGCAUUCCAGGCAGCUGAAAGUGUUGGAAUUAAAACCAGCCUGGAGCUAAAUGAGAUGAUGUUCACAGACCGGCCGGACUGGCAGUGCGUGAUGCACUAUGUGGCGCAGAUUUACAAGUACUUUGAGACCUAGAAGAUGAUUGUACCAAACCUGACAUUAGCAAGGAAGCACACAUUCACUUUAUGGCCCAGGCCUGUCUCUUUAGGUGCAAGACUGGAGAUUCUAACUUGCUUGAGACACAGCUCCUAUAUCAUUAAUGGGGGAUUCGCAGGAAGUGGACAUGAUUGGGACUGCCAAUUGAGAUGUGGGAAUGCCACUAAUACCUGCAGAGCUUAUACAAAGUGCAGUAACUAUUCUGCUUGCUGGUAACUAUUACUGUGACUUAAUAGCUAACAACACGUAGUCUUGUUGCUGUUUAGUUUACUACAGCCAUUGGCCAUACCCUUCCUCCUCUUGCAGCCCUAUAGUGAGGAGGAAAGGGGGCCUUGUGUGUUUCUAUGACUUGCCAAAGAGAAAACGUGUUUUCCAACAAAUAUAACCUUGACUCUCUACAAGCAAGAGCUGUGGAGAUGCACCAAGACCAGUCAUUUGACAUUGGCCGACAUGGAAGAAACAUUUGUUUCUGCUUAUUUUCUGUAACACAUUAACCCAACAUCACAGAACUACUGGUCUCGCCUCGGCCGGCCUUUGUGGCACAAGCUAAGAUAGGAAUUCCCUGGAGGCACGAAGGACCAGCAGCCAACAGGGAUGCAUUUGUUAUAUGAAGGUGUGUAGUUAAAUACACUAGUCUAAAGCACUAAUCAUUAAAUACUGUACAGUAAAUAUGGCAACAAUCCCAUGGAUUUAAUAUAGCAAACAAAUGCAAAUGUGUAAACCUUGGCAUGAGCAGAUGGAAACACUAUAAAAAUAAAGGUAUAAUACCUUCA